AUGCAGGGUUGUGCAUGUUUGGGUGCCACGACUGCGCUGUUACAGACAUUGAGUUGGCGAAUUUGUUCAUGCCUCUUGCUAAAUGUGAUCGAUUCCGUAGGGAUGCCGUUGCGGUUGGACGUAAAGAGAAAGCUUUUGGCACGAUCAGAUCGCGUAAAAUGUGUGGAUCUUCAUCCCACAGAACCGUGGCUGCUGGCAGCUCUUUACAAUGGGAAUGUUCACAUAUGGAAUUACGAGAGUCAGCAGCUCGUAAAAUCUUUCGAAGUAUGUGAUCUACCUGUACGUGCUGCCAAGUUCAUUCCUCGAAAAAGUUGGAUUGUAACCGGUUCAGAUGAUAUGCAUGUCAGAGUCUUCAACUACAACACUUUGGAAAGAGUUCACCAAUUUGAGGCCCACUCCGACUACCUCAGAUCUAUUGUUGUUCAUCCUACUCAAUCCUUCAUAAUUACUUCAAGUGACGAUAUGAUGAUCAAAUUAUGGGACUGGGAUAAUAAAUGGCAAAUGAAGCAAACGUUUGAAGGUCACACUCACUAUGUCAUGCAAGUUGCGAUUAAUCCGAAAGAUAACAACACUUUUGCUACUGCUUCAUUAGAUAAAACAGUCAAGGUUUGGCAAUUUGGUAGUCAGCAGCCCAAUUUCACCUUGGAAGGACAUGACAAAGGAGUGAACUGCGUUGAUUAUUACCAUGGAGGUGAUAAGCCAUAUCUGAUCUCUGGUGCAGAUGAUCAUCUUGUCAAAAUUUGGGAUUAUCAGAACAAAACUUGUGUUCAAACUCUUGAUGGGCAUGCGCAAAAUGUUUCAUCUGUAUGUUUCCAUCCAGAACUUCCACUUAUCAUUACGGGUAGUGAAGAUUCCACUGUUCGUUUAUGGCAUGUUAGCACAUAUAGACUCGAAACAACUUUGAAUUAUGGUUUGGAACGAGUAUGGUGUAUUCAAGCACAGCGUGGCUCCAAUACAGUAGCUAUCGGCUAUGACGAAGGAUCUGUCACCUUGAAGCUGGGAAGAGAAGAACCAGCGGUCAGUAUGGAUCACACCGGCAAAAUUCUGUGGGCGCGACAUUCCGAAAUUCAGCAAGCGAAUCUCAAAACUCUUGAUGCUGAGGCUUCAGAGGCGAUUCAGGAUGGCGAACGACUUCCUCUCUCUGUCAAAGACCUUGGAGCUUGUGAGAUCUAUCCACAAACUCUUGCUCAUUCUUCAAAUGGACGAUUUGUGGUUGCUUGCGGUGAUGGCGAAUAUAUUGUUUAUACAGCCAUGGCCCUUCGUAACAAAGAUUUUGGCCAGGCUCUCGAAUUUGUUUGGGGGACGGAUCCAAACAUGUUCGCCGUGCGCGAGUCGACAACUUCAAUGAAGAUCAAGAAGAAUUUCAAGGACUAUAAACAAAUUCGUACUGAUGUUGUCAUGGACGGUAUCGAUGGUGGACCUUUGCUUGCUGCUCGAUCAGCCACCAGCUUGUGUUUCUAUGAUUGGGAGACUGCUCAAAUGGUUCGAAGAAUAGAGAUCGCGGCCAAACACGUUUACUGGAGCGAUAGUGGAGAAAUGGUUGCCAUUUGCGGUGAAGAUUCUUUCUACGUGCUCAAGUAUAAUCCAGAUACAUUUGCGAACGCAUCACCCGAAGAAAUCACAGAAGAUGGAGUUGAGGAUACUUUUGAAGUCAUAGGAGAACAAUCAGAAAUCGUCAAAACUGCAUUUUGGAUCGGUGAUUGUUUCGUGUUCACCACAGCUUUGAACAGGCUCAACUAUUAUGUGGGAGGAGAGAUUGUAACAAUUGCACAUAUGGACAGACCUCUUUAUUUGCUAGGGUACAUGGCUAAGGAAUCACGUGUAUAUGCCGUAGACAAAGAGUUGAAUGUAGUGUCUUACAAGUUGCUUCUCUCUGUUUUGGAGUACCAGACUGCUGUUAUGAGAAGAGAUUUUGAGACUGCUGACAAGGUGCUCGCCACAAUUCCGAAGGAGCAGCGUACUCGGGUGGCUCACUUCCUUGAGAAACAAGGGUUCAAACGACAAGCUCUUGCUGUAUCUCAGGAUCCAGAUCACAAAUUUGAUCUUGCUCUUGCACUUGGGGACUUGAAGACUGCAUAUGACCUUGCAUUGCAAGGUGACAGCGAGGAAAAAUGGAAGAUGCUUAGUCAGGCUGCUACCUUGAAAUCUGAGCUUAUGCUCGCUGGCGAGUGUCUUGGCCGCGCAAGGGAUUAUGGUGGGCUGCUACUGUUAGCCACAUGUGCUGGUUCUGCACCUCUUUUGAGCAAGUUAGCGGCCGACUCUGCCGCAAGCGGGCAUCAUAAUGUGCACUUUACUACGAGCCUAUUACUAGGAGAUGUUGAUGCCUGCUUAGAAUCUCUUAUCGCCACUGAUCGCAUACCAGAAGCGGCUUUCUUUGCUCGCACUCAUUGUCCUUCUCAGUUGCAAAGAAUUAUGGGUUUAUGGAAGGAGAAAGCAGACCGAGUACAGAAGAAUACGACAAGGAAGAUUGGAGAGUCGUUGGCUGAUCCUGAAAAGUACGAGAAUCUCUUUCCUGGGUGGGGUGCUUCACAAAAGGCCGAAUCCUAUAUUCGCGAGCUUGCAAAACUCGCCGUUCCAGCCUCUGUUCGCGCUCCCACAAAUGCGCAAAGAAAUGUGCCAGAAGAGCUUGAAACGGCCAUGAGCACAGGUGCUGUCGUUUUUGAUGAAGCAGGACAGGCUCACCUUCGUGGCGUGUCUAAGAAGUCAGCUCCUGCGGUGAAUUCAGCUGAACCUAAGCAUCCAACCGAACCUAAGCUGAGUCCUACCCCCGCUGCCACUAUGGCCGCUGCUGCUGUUGCUGCGCCGUUAGCCGCAGAAGCGGCUCGAAAACGCACGCCUUCACCACCUCCCAGGGAGCCAUCUCCAGAACAUGAGAAUGGAAGACAACAGCUUUCUGAUGACGACAGUGAUGGCUUAUCGCGAGAUGUGGUAGUACCACCGCAAGCGCACGCAGAGCCUGAUGUUGUCAGCGAACGACCGCGGCCGGAUGUCGUGCCACGCCAUGGGGGUCCAGAUUUGCUUCCAUCUGCGACAUCUCAAAGAGCAGCACAGCCUGAGGUCGUUGUGGAUGCUGGUGAAGUGCGGUGGUCAGAUGACGAUUUUGGAGAUGCUGAGGAUGGUGGCAACGACAUAAAUCUCGAUGACCUUAAUCUGGACGAUGAAGACUGACUCGUGGUAGGUCGGGACUCGCAGCAAUAGCGCUGGACAACGCGCAUGGUAUCGGUAAUCGGAGCGCUUCGUUGUUCCUUGUUACACAGUUGCGUUCUACAAUGGUCAUCCUCUACGUUAUUCUUUGGACCCAUUUGCGGUUUUUGGAUUCUUGAGAGCGAAUCUAUCCAUGCAUGUUGUUUGUUUUCCAUCGAGGAGAGGUCUUCUUUCUUCUCAAAGGCUCUGUUGCCUGUGUUUCCGACCUGGUAGAUGUUGAAAAUUAUGGGCCUGAAAUUAUGCUUCAUAACGGUGGUAUCAAUUCAUCCACGAAAUUGGGGGGUGUUUGCGUAUUUGUGAUAUAUGUUUGGUUCUAAGAUUACUGGUUUGAGAAAAAAGAAUUUCCCUUUGAUCCUUAUCCUGUUCUCCUCUCCUGCCUUUCUCUCAAGUAAUUCCAGUUGCUUAAAAUUGACAGAUUGCUGUUCGUUAGCCUUGUUACAUGAUCGUCUACAAAUAACCGUGAAUUAUCAUCCUUUGAUUUGAUUUAUUAAAAUGUGAUAAUAUUUAUCUAUAAAUUAUUGAUCAAUA